GUGCCUGGGAACUGGCUACUGCUGCCCACCACGCCCAUGAUGGGUUUUUCUUUGCAGAGCUAACAGGAAUUUGAGGACCUGAGUGUGGCUACUGCCACCCGCGCCAAGAAGCAGCAGUUAUCUGGACCUAGGGACCAAGAAGCAAGCAUUAACCGGUUACACACCGGGUAGGAGAGGAAGAGAGAACAAGUAAAAAUGUUCCACCAGCCUAAGGCUUGCGUGACUUCAGGUAAUCGUGCUGCGUAGCUAAUGUUGCCUAUUGACACUAGAAUUAAGGAGUCAAAGAGACGCACUACUUCCGGUGGUUUGGAGACAAAACCUUGACGGGGGAAGGGGGCGGAGCGAGGCUGGCGUAGGUCCGCCCCGGCAGCCGUCAAGCGACCUAGGCAUGUUUUGCGACAACAGUCAAGGACCCUUCCCCGACUUGCUUUCCGGCAGAGUCGCCGACCUGAGGCCACCAAGACUUGCUUUUUAGUGCGCGUGGCUUUGCAACCCUGUCUCGUCCCCUGAGCGGCGCCUCUUCUCUAUCCGGAGAGCAGUGCUAGGGAGGCUCUGAGCUGUCCCACCAGGCGAUCUUAGUCUAGGUCUCUGCCAGUCUGUUGGAGAGCCCUCUCCUGAGUAGUGGAGGACACCGGCUGGCCUGGGGCCAGAGGAGCUCCGGGCUCCGGGGGCGGGGCCGGAGCCGAAGGAGAUGCCCCUCCACGUGAAGUGGCCAUUCCCCGCGGUGCCCCGACUCACCUGGACCCUAGCCAGCAGUGUCGUCAUGGGUCUAGUUGGCACCUACAGCUGCUUCUGGACCAAGUAUAUGAACCACCUUACCGUGUACAACAAGGAAGUGCUGUAUGAGCUCAUUGAGAACCGAGGUCCUGCGACCCCUCUUAUCACCGUCUCUAACCACCAGUCUUGCAUGGAUGACCCUCAUCUCUGGGGGAUCCUGAAACUCCGCCACAUCUGGAACCUGAAGUUGAUGCGUUGGACCCCAGCAGCUGCAGACAUCUGCUUCACCAAGGAGCUGCAUUCCCAUUUCUUCAGCUUGGGCAAAUGUGUGCCUGUAUGUCGAGGAGAUGGUGUCUAUCAGAAAGGGAUGGACUUCAUUUUGGAGAAGCUUAACCAUGGGGACUGGGUACACAUCUUUCCAGAAGGAAAAGUAAACAUGAGUUCUGAGUUCCUGCGCUUCAAAUGGGUAGGAAUUGGACGGCUGAUUGCUGAGUGUCAUCUAAACCCCAUCAUCCUGCCACUAUGGCAUGUUGGAAUGAAUGAUGUCCUCCCUAACAGUCCACCCUACUUCCCCCGCUUUGGACAGAAAAUCACCGUGCUGAUUGGGAAGCCCUUCAGUACACUCCCUGUGCUUGAGCGGCUCCGGGCAGAAAACAAGUCAGCUGAGUGCAGAUGAGAAGCACCUUGCUGAACAAAAAAACAGGAUCCUUGCCCCUGGAUACAGUGAGAUUAUUUCAGUAGAUGGACAUUGGAAUCUCAGUAUGCUUGGCCACUCAAGUCUUUUGUUAUCACCUGUAAGCCAAAUGACAAUGUGGCAGGAUUCAUAAAGGUGGUAAAACAAGAUUAAUAAACUAGCUUUAAAACCUCAAGUGAAGUCAGACAUGAUGAUACAUACCUGUGAUCUCAGCACUAGGGAGCCUGAAGCAGGAACAUUGUUGUAUGUUCAAGAUUGGCCUGGGAUACUGAGUGAGAGACUAAAAAGGGAAAACACAAGAAGAAAAAGAAGAAAAGCCAAGCGUGGGAGGCAAAGGUAGGCAGAUCUCUAUGAGUUCAAAGCCAGCCUGGUCUACUAGUAAGUUCCAGACCAGCUAGGGUUACAUUGUGAGAACCUGUCUUGAGGAAAGUUGGGUGUACAUAGUGAUGCGCUCCUUUAAUCUCAUCACUUGGGGUGGGUCUCUAUAUUGAGGCCAGCCUGGUUUACGUAAUGAGUUCCACCACAGCCAGGGCUACAUGGUAAGACCCUGUUUUGGGGGGAAAAAGAAGGAAAAAUUUAAAACUUUUUUUUGUUAAGACCAGAUUUCUAUGUGUGACUCUGGCUGUCCUGGACUUCCUUUGUAGACCAGACUGACCUUGAGCAGAUUUGCCCGCCUCUGCCUCCCAGGUGCUAGGAUUAAAGGCAUGCACUACACACCCAGCUUUUUAAGACUUUUUUAGAAGAGGAAGCCAUCACUUUGUGGGAAUAGAAUACAUGUAAAAGCCAGACAUACAACUUAGGUUCAAGGAUAACAUCACUUUUUUAUGGAUCUAUUUUUGUAUUCAUUUGAGAAAUGCCAGUUACAUUUCUUCAAGAGUUUUAAAUUCAUAGUUUCAUUUAUUCAAAUAUACACCUCUCACUAGUGUAAAUUUAUAAUCCCAGCAGUUGUGAUGUAAAGUGAAGUUAAAGGUCAUCUUUGGCUACGUAGUAAAUUCAAGGCCACCCUGGGCUAUGUGAGCCCUUUUAUCCAAAAGAAAAAAUAGGGUCAGCCAGAUGCCUGAGCAAGUAUAAAGCCUGUCAAUUUGAGUUAGAUGCCCAGAACCCACAUGGUGGAAGGACAGAAGGAACUGCUGAAAGUUGUCUAAUCUGACCUCUAGAUACAUGCCAUGACCCAUGCCCAUGCCUAUACCCAUAUACACAUAGAGAGUUGGGGGUUGGAGAAAUGGUUCAGCAGUUAAGAGUGCCUGUUGCUUUUGCAGAAGACCUAAUUUCUACUCCUAGCAUCACUGUCAAAAGACUCAAAUCACUUAUAUCUCCAGGUUCAGGGGAUCCAGUACUCUCUCUGGCUUCCCUGGGCACCUACACACAAACAUACACAAAGAUAAAUCUUUUAAAAAAAAAUACUGCCUCCAGUAUGCUAGGCAAACAGUCUACUAUCGAGUUAUACCAUGCCUUCAAAUAUAGACUAACUAUGCAAACAGAGACUGAUCAGAAAAAUUCAGUCACUUCCCACUGUAUGGCCAGUUCCUUACCAAUUGGAGCUACUUAGCAAGACCUUAUCAAAACAACAAUGGCAAAAAAGGACUGGUUGGUAUAGUGUGUGCCUAGCAUAUAAGAAAUCCUGGGUUUGAUCCCUAGCAUGAAAAAAAGACCUUAAGGAGCUGGAGAGAUGACUCAAUGUUUAAGAGCACCAGCUGCUCUUCAGAACCUCCCAGAGGUUCCAAGUUCAAUUCCCAACAACUACCUGGUGGCUCACAACCAUCUAUAAUGGGAUCAGAUGCUACCUUUUGAUGUGUUUUGAGUCUGAAGACAGCAACUGUCUUAUAAAGAAAGGAGGGGUAUAGGAGACAUGGUUCAACAGUUUAGAACCAGGUUUGCUUCUGUUCACCUACACGGCAACAUACAACCAUCUAUAAUUCCAGGUAUGAAAGAGUCAAUGCUCUUCUGACCUGUACCGGCACCAGGUACACAUGUGGUGUGCAUGCAUGCAUACAAAACACACAGAAAUGUAAAAAAAUAAAUCAUAGAAAGGGCUGGGGAUUUGGUUCAAUUAGUAGAGCACUUAUCUAGUAUGUGUGAGGUCUUGAGUGCCUGGUUUUAAAAUCCAACCCUAAAAACAAACAAAGCAAGAAAUAGGAGAAAAAUGGUUGAAUAAAGAGGACUUCUCCUAACCUAGGAAUUAAUUAAUAUUGGUUUUUCAAGACAAGGUUUCUCUGUAUAGCCCUUACUGUACUGGAACUUGAUCUGUAGACCAGGCUGCCUUCAAACUCAAAGGUCCUAUCUGCUUCUGAGUUUUGUUUUGUUUUGUUUUGUCUUUUUUUUUUUUUUUGGACAGAGUUUCUCUGUAACAGCCCUGGCUAUCCUGGGACUCACUCUAGACCAGGGUGGCUUCAAACUCAGAGAGAUCCACCUACUUCUCCCUUCCAAGUGCUGACAUUAAGGCAUGCACUAUCACCACUUGGCUACUCUUUUAUUUAUUUAUGUAUCUGUCUAUUUGUUUAUUUGUUUAAAAUUUGAGACAAGUUCUCACAUAGUUCAGGCUGGCCCUGAACUCUUUAUGUAGCCAAAGCUGGCUUUGACCUCUUAAGUCACAGGCAGGUACCAUAUGUCUGGAUAAGUUUAUUGUUCUUAACUAAAAAGUUAUUUAAUUAUGAUUUCAUUAAACAGAAACAUUCAGCCAAGCACACAUUUAUAUUCAAAGAUAUUUAUUUGUAGUUGCAAAUUUUGAGAACUUUUUUUUUUAUUCUUUUUUUUUGGAGCUGGGGACUGAACCCAGGGCCUUGCGCUUGCUAGGCAAGCGCUCUACCACUGAGCCAAAUCCCCAACCCCAAUUUUGAGAACUUUUAACUAGACAAGGACAUUGCCCAACCACUGCUGCUGCCACACCUACUUGGCAAAUACCAGGAUGUAUUUGACUAGGUCAGAAGCUGACAUGUUUUCCUUUCUACUUUUUAGAUGCUGCCAAAUUAAAAAGGCUGUAUCAAUCAGAGAUACACAGUCUUCCAACAUCUUUGUUGACAGGAAACAUUUAUUUAUCUACUUUUUUUUUCUUUUUUUCGGAGCUGGGGACCGAACCCAGGGCCUUGCGGUUGCUAGGCAAGCGCUCUACCACUGAGCUAAAUCCCCAACCCCUUAUUUAUCUACUUAAUGUAUAUGAGGACACUGUCACUCUUCAGACACACCAGAAGAGGGCAUUGGAUCUCAUUACAGAUGGUUGUGAGCCACCAUGUGGUUACUGGGAAUUGAACUCAGGACCUCUGGAAGAGCAGUCAGUAAGUGCUUUAUUAACUGCUGAGCCAUCUCUCUAGCCCAGGACACAUUUAAAAGCAUUUACUUAUUUACUUUGUCAGUCUGUCUGUCUGUCUCUGUCUGUCUCUGUCUCUGUCUCUGUCUCUGUCUCUGUCUCUGUCUCUCUCUCUCUCUCUCUCUCUCUCUCUCUCUCUCUCUCUCUCUCGUGUGCCAAUGCCAGAGCAUGGAUGUGGAGGUCAGAAGACAACUUGUAGGAAGGAAUCUGUUCUGUCUUUCCACCAUGAAAGUUCCAGUGAUUGAACUUAGGUUGUGAGGUUUGGGGUGCAAGCACCCAUACCUGAUGCACCACCUUGCUAAUCUAACAAACACAUUUUCCCCAACAAACACUCUUAAACACCCUUCUUAUAUUUUCUUCCUGUGAGAUAGACCAAAUAAAUAGUGUAUUAGUUCCCUAGGGUGCUGUAGCAAAUUACCACAAACUAGACAUCUUAAAACAAAACAGAAUUCUUUCUGAUAAUUUUCUAGGCUACAAGUCACAAAUCAGGGUUUUGAUGGAGCUAAGUUUGCUUUGAAGGAUCUAGGAGAGAAUUGGUUCCUGCUUUUCCUUUCCUGGUUGUAUAUGCUUGGCAUGUAGCUGCAUCACUGCAGUCUUUCUUUAUAUGGCUUUCUUCCCUGUCUGCCUCUAUGUUUUCCUUUUUUGCUUAGCAUGGUGGCAUUUAGAAGAGGUGAAAACAGGAGAAUCAGGAGUUCUAAGUCAUUAUUGCCUAUGUAGUGAGUUUGAGGCCACCCCAGGCUAUAUGAGCCCAUCACAAAUAAACAAAAAGUAGGUAAAUACAUUUAUCUCUUUAUGACCAGCCAUUGGGUUAUGACUCAUCCUUCCAUAUUGUGACAUUAGCUGUCAGUAUGUCAGUAUGAGUUUAUUAUAAAUUGAUUACAUGUGCAAAAACCCUGUUUCCAAAUUAAGAUGUAUGUACAACUUAGAGGGGGACAUGAAUUUGGGGUAAAUACUAUUUUAACAAUACAUAGACCACUAUAAAAAACAUACAUGAGUUAGGGGAGUAGCUAAGUUAUCUUACUACAAUUUAAAAAAUGUUUAUUUCAUGUACAUUGGUGUUUUGUCCACAUGUGUGAAGGUGUCAAAUCCUCUGGAACUGGAAUUAUCAACAGUUGGGAGAUGUCAUGUGAGUGCUGGGAAUUGAACCUAGGUCCUCUGGAAGAUCAGCUGGUGCUCUUAAGCCCUGGAGUAGCUCAGUUAUAAAAUUUAUGAGUGGCACACAGGAAGCUCUAGGCUCAAUUCCCAGUACCACCAAAACAAAGCAAAAAGAUAAAAAUUUGUACAUACCACUGCCUAGAUUCUGUUUUAGAAAUUUAGCAUUAUGUGUUUAAUCACACACCGAUCUUUGUAGCUUGACAUCAGUUCACUUCCUCCUAAAUCAGUGUUUUUCACUGCUGCAAUCCUAUAAUACAGUUCCUUAUAUUAUGGUGACCCCAGCCAUAAAAUUAUUUUCAUUGCUAUGUUACAACUGUAAUUUUAAUUUUGCUAGUUUUGAUAGCUGAUAUACAACUCCUGUGAAUGGGUCGUUCAGGGUCAUGACCCAUAGGUUGAGAACUACUGCCUUAGAUUAAUCAGCUUAUAUGUUAGAGUUCAAGAUUUGGUUGUAGUCUUCCUUCCUUCCUUCCUUCCUUCCUUCCUUCCUUCCUUCCUUCCUUCCUUCCUUCCUUCUUUCCUUUCUUUUGCAGUGCUUUAGGAAUGAACUUAUCUGUAAAGAUAAUCGGCAGACUAAUAAAAAUGUCACAGAAAUGUAGGCAGGUUUGGUGGCUCACUGCUGUAAUCCUAGCACUAGAAAGGUUGAGGUUUACAAAGUGAUUUUGUUCAUACCAUAACCCUGUUUCAAAACCAAACCAACCAAAUAAAACAAAACCCAGAAAAGUCUCUA